AUGUUGAAGCUUGUGGCAACUAGUGACGCAACUAGUGAUACAACUAGUGAUACAACUAGUGAUACAACUAGUGACACAACUAGUGACACAACUAGUGACACAACUAGUGACACAACUAGUGACACAACUAGUGACACAACUAGUGACACAACUAGUGAUGUGGGCGUCAGCAAGACGAGGUGGGCGUCAGCAAGACGAGGUGGGCGUCAGCAAGACGAGGUGGGCGUCAGCAAGACAAGGUGGGCGUCAGCAAGACAAGGUGGGCGUCAGCAAGACGUGGUGGGCGGCAGGAAGACAAGGUGGGCGUCAGCAAGACGAGGUGGGCGUCAGCAAGACGAGGUUCUGGAAUGGAACGGCGUGAGUCUCGUAGACCGGAGUUUCGAGGAGGUCUGCAGUAUCAUCGAGCAGACCACGAACCUCGAAGUCAUCGACAUGGUCCUGGAAAGUUCCGGAGACAUGACAGAGCACCGAGACAUGGACCAGCACCGAGGCUCCCUGGACGGCUGGAGCUCGUUAGAUUACGAAGACAAAUACUCCGGAGCCUCUUCAUCAAGACGCAAGCUCCCCAGGCUGCCGAGCGAUGCUGGUCGUGGUCCAGUGAGCGGCAAGAUUCAACUCCAGCUUUGGUUCAGCCAGGAGAGCCGGAGUCUCGUAGUAACCGUCAUCUCUGCCCAUGAUCUCAAGCCAAGAGAAGGCAUCGCUUACGCUCCACCGCAGGCUUUUGUUUGCCUUCGUCUCUUCCCUUACGGAGACUACCAGAUGCAGAGCUCGAAUGUGUCGGAGCCGACGUUCAAGCCUUUAUGGAACAACUCCUUCUUCUGGGAGAACAUCAGCAUUGACACGCUCUUGGGGCUUACUUUGGAGCUGUCGGUGUGGGACAGCCUCAAUGAGGCCGAGAGCUUGUUUUUGGGCGAGGCUCUGAUCGACUUACGCCACGCAUACCUGGACGACCGGCCGACGUGGUACCGCCUACAAGAGCGCCGGUCUCGCUCCGCCAACACCACGCCACGUGGCUCUAUUGUGGGGCAGGACUUCCCCACACACACCAUCCGCAGGUCUUCAGUGCGCUCCGGCAACGACGAGGUGCACCUCCCCAACGACAGCAGACACUCGUCGCUGGACUCUGGUUUGCUGCAUCCUGACCUGGCAUACCGGGACUCCAGGUCGGGCUCGAGAAGGGGUUCAUCAGUGAGCGAGACCGUGGAGUGUGAAGCCUACCAACUGCCGCGUCAGUUCCCGCACUCUCUGCCGCAGAGCAGGCGAUCGUCCUUCGCCUGCACCCCGCAGCCAAACUCGCCUGAUAUAAAGGUCGAGGAGCUGCAGGACCGCCUUGCAUUCUUACCGCCCGUGGAGCAACGGCGUCGCGCACGCAGCGUCAGAGUGACCACGCAGAACGAGCUGCUGCAGGAGGCGGGGUGGAGGGACGUUGGGUCAAAGCCUGCUUGGCUAACUGGUCAAGGGUCCUCCUAUGGGGCUUCUUCGUUCAGGAACAAUCUCAAUAGGUCAUCGUCUUUGAGGGGAGACCAUUCUGUCUUCCAAGGCAGCGCCACAGGAGGCUACCGCCAUGACGACGACAUUCGGAACUCAAGAGGUGAUCCUAUGCUUGGCCCUUGUCAAGUCUUGCCACGAGGCUAUAGAGAAGUUUAUACAGAUGACAUCUCGCCCGGGGAGAUCCUGCUGGAGCUCUCCUUAACCAAACUCCAUUUGGAAGUCAUUAUCGGCUCCGCCAGGGGUCUCCCACUCGCAGAGUCGGGACGGCCUCCAGAUACGUACGUGAAAACCUAUCUUAAGUCCCGGGAAUCGAAAUUCAACAAGCGGAAGACAAAAGUGAUCCAGAGCUCAACGAAGCCCGUCUACCAUCAGACCGUGCGCUACCUGCCCAGCGACGCUCUCGGUAAAAUCCUUCUUGUGAUGGUCUGGGAGAAAUCUAAAUACUUUGCUCAUAACAAGUGCAUUGGUUCGGCUGAAAUCAACCUGGGCGAUUUGUACUUCGGUAAGCCCGUGUCAGGCUGGUAUACUCUCCUACCUAAGUUAGGAAGGCCAGACUCUGAUUCAGGAGAAAGUAACUAAAGCGAUUUCUAUCACUAAAAUCUAAACUUUCACCAUCUAAGAAUUAUGAAAAAAAGAUAUGAAAUGAAAUUGUAGUAUUUGCUGUACGAUUGUUCUCAAAACUAAUAUUCAGGAUACGAAGAGAAAAAUGGUAUGAAUAUUCAUCGAAUUAAUAAAAUUGACUAUGCGACAUUUUACACCUUCAACCUACAUGAAUCAAAUUUCAGCUUUGAAUGAUUUUUUUAGCUGCUUUUUUUGCAGUUCGCUUACAGGACUUGCUUUAUUUAACGCCAUGAUCGUCUAGCCACACUUGAACGUGUUUCAAUAGAAAAUAAUGUAUUUGCUCAUUCAUAUAGUGGCAAGGCGAUGAAUGAUUUAAGUGAAUGGUUAUCGCUGGUCUCAGUAACAGUUGAAUGAAUGAAGAUAUCAGCCAUCCUUAUUUGGCCAAAACAUGUUUUUGACAAAUAUCAUGUAAGUGAAUGCGAAAAUUUUCUGUAGCUUUUUUCGGUACAAGAUUCGCGAAAAUCUCUUAGCAAACUUGCAUUUUGCCUUCGUGGGCAUCAGUCAUUCGUCGUGGGCAUCAGUCAAGAGGUACGAUGGCUAAAGAUAUUAAAUAACAGAAGUGUUAUUACGAGUCUCGUUGAUCAUUUUAAACUACGCACAGUUUUUAUCACAGAGAAUAUAAUAUGUGUGCGUAGACUAUAUAUGUUACCUCCAUAGCAUUUGUACAGUGUUGCCCAACUCGAGAAGUGAGACUUUUAUACGACAUUUCGUACCCGGAGGUCAUGGAGCUGAAUUUUCCCCAACUGAAUUGAUGCCAUCAUGUGAUCGUAUCAAAUAUUGCUUUAAUUGGUUGGGGGAAACUCAGUUAAUUCCUACCUUUCGUCAGUAAUUUGUCGUUAUCGAACGCUUCUAGAGAAUUGUCUGUGUUACGUGUGCCCUUGUAUGUCAUGUAUUUAUGAACUUCGUCUGUUUAUACCACGUAGUAUUAGCGCUCCCGUGUUGUGUGUUCACCCAUGCAUCGUUUAUUGUGUGGUAUCACACAAAUUUUCUCCUUCGUCCAUAUUGCCUUCUCGUGAUCAUAUGGAGUUAUGGGGGUGUUCUGAUCAUUUUUUCUGACGAAGGGAGUUGUCUCGUGACUUUUCCUUAGCGCUCGAGGCUGUACCGGUAAUAAAUUACCUGGCCUGUAUAGGUAACAGGCAAGGUAAUAAAUUUAACGUAAUUUCCAACGCUAUUUAUUUCAAUAGCAUGACAAUUGGUGCUCUAAACAUUUAAACAUAUCUAAUUUAUACGGAAUAAUUUUACUGUUGCUGUUGAAGAAAGUUUUCAGCGAGAUAUCAUUCAUUAAAGUUAAAGUUAAGUUAAGUUAAGUCGGUAUUAAGCUUAAAAAGUUUUAUGACAAUCCCCAGAAAUUCGAGUAUUUACAAUACUUUGACUUUCAUUCUGAGAUUAUAAUGUUAAGUCCUCAAUCCACUACAUAAUCAGUAACAGUAUAUAAUAUUAAAUAUGAAAAAUUUUUUGAUACUUUUUACUUCAGGAGAGGAUUCUCCGAACUAUUUUUAAAAAUAUGGGUUAAUUUUCGAACAAAUUUUUAUUACCAAUAAGGUUCAACUAUCGUAGGACAAUCAGUUCACGUAUAUAAGAGAUUAUGCUAAUUGUUGUCAUUGUUCUAAACAUAUAUCGAGAGUUUUCUCUCAUGCAUGUCGUACUAGUGCAUGAGCAACAUAAAGAAACAUAAAAAUAUUAUUUUCAAGAAAAUAACUCUGUAUGUUGCAACUAAGCUCUUAAAAAUAUAAUGAGUUUGUGUUUACGUUAAGACUUACAAUUGAUUGCAUUAAUAUCGAGUACAUUGUAUACGAGGUUGAAUUUUGUGAUUUGCAUUAGAUUUCUCCAAGUCCUCCACAGUUACUAAGAAUUUGUUCGACUCUUGCGUUCGGCAACACUUUCGAGACUGGAAAAAUUUAGUCUAUUGUUGAAAUUGAAUCAAUAUAGAUUAUUAUAAAAACGACGCAGUUGGCUUAAUCUUCACACUAUAUUGAAUAAAUUUGUUCUUCAUCUCUAAGGAUCCCUGUUGAUAUGAGCCAUUUAACACAGCUUCGUAUUCUAAUUAAAAUUCCAGGUGUAAGAAAAAUAUGUGAAAAGUUUGAACAUUUCGCCUUCAUCUUGCCUGAAUCUGAACACGGUUUCUGUAUCGUGUUUGAGACAAUCUUUAGCUGCUUUGCUACCUGCACUCUUUUCUUGUGUAUAACGAAACAUUAAUGUGAUCUACUGAUUGUUGUGCUCGGUCUUGUAGUCUUUUUUCUAUCACAACACUUCGUGUAGAACAGAGUUUAUGUACCGAUAUUUUAGGUACAUAUUAGCUACGUUUUAGCUACAUGUUAACUACAUGUUAGCUACGUUUUAGCUACAUCUUGGGAACAUGCCAGCUACGUGUUAACUACCUUUUGGCUUCAUGUUAGCUAAAUGUUAGCAACAUGUUAGUUACAUGUUAACUACAAGUUAGCAACAUGUUUGCUAUAUGUUGUUCGCUUCAAGUUAGCUACACGUUAGCUACAAGUUAGCUUCAUGUUAGCACCUUGUUUGCUACAUGUUAGCUACAAGUUAUCUACAAGUUAACUAAAGUUAGCUACAUGAUAGCUACAAGUUAGUUACUUUUUGUUAGUUCGUGUUAGUCUCCGGCUUCACCUCGCUUUUCCUAGCGUAGCUGAACGAGGUGGACUAGUUCGUAGACUUACUGUUUUUUAUCUCUGCAAGUACCCUUGUAAUUUAAGUCCUCAAUAAUAAGUACCUAGCCCGAUAAUGUCAACGGGUUCGUUAUGAUCACUGAAUUGACGUGUGUGUAGCUGUAUAACUCGGCCAAUUGUACACACAAUUUAUCUGGAAAAAUAGCGACAAUAAUUAAUAAUUUGUCAGUUUAAAGUAAACUGUAAACAAACUCAUACAAAUAACCGCAUAUGAAUUUCAAUUUUAAUAUCAGUGAAUUAUAAAAAAUGAUUCUCGAGUUAUAAAUAUCUUGAAACUACUAUUUCAGUCUAUGGAUUUUCAUUAGAGCUGAUAUUGUUAAAUAUUUUGCUAUCUCUUUUAUCAAUUAAUAUUGAGCGAUGCGAAUGUCUGCUAGUGCGGCCAACGUCUUUUUCGACCCCCCUGACGUUCACUCCCGUAUAUAAAUGAGGAAGCUAUAGAAGGUAGCUUCCCCAUGUAGACAAACUUUUGUAAAAGUGUCUUUGUUUACAUUCCUGUAAACCUGUUACUCAGUACUCCUCUUAUCUCAUUCUAUGUCUAAUUCUUGUCGACUUCACUGACUCAAAAGUUUUAAUUUAAGCAGGGAUUUUGCCAUGGAGGACUACAGGCAAGCGUGAUUUUUUUAUACUAUAUGAUAUUCAACAUCGUCGAAUAUAGUGGAAGUAUGAAUUAAUUCUCUAGUUUGCCUGGUAUGUUUUCUCUUAUACAUUGCCAAGAUACUGCUUGACAAUCAUCUAAUAAUUUUAUUUGAUUAUGAUCUUUUUGUGAUCUCAGCAAUCAGUCCCAGAAGGAAAUUUUUAUAAUUUCAUCACUUAUAUACUGGGAGGUUCAGGGAAACUUCCUAAAAAGCACAAUAAAGCUUUACAGCUUUACACGGAAAGCUCAUUAAAAAAAAAGAACUAGUAAUAACAUUAUUAAAAUAUAGAUUUUAUUGAAAAAGACAGAAAAAGACAUUAACUUUUGGAUCUCUUACUUUUAAAAAUGACAUGGGACAAUUGACAGCCCCCAUUGUCAAUAUUCAUUUAUCAAUGAAUAAACUUAGUCGAUUUUUGAAGUUCUGUUCAAGUCGCUGAAGUAUAUUGACUGGUAUGUUGGCGAUGGCUUAGCGUAUGCUUUUCUUUCAAUGAAGUACUGUUCGCGGACAGUCAUUGUAAACAAUUUAUUUAAGAUAUCCCCAUAAAAAAUCACA